CAAAUUGGCCCGUUUAUCUUCAUUUGACGAUGGCAUUUCCGUGGAUUUGGCUAUAAAUCCAUUAGGGUUUCGUGUGGUCGGGUCUCUGCUAUUCCGUUCGUCGGCGCUAGCUGCUGCCUCCGCUCCUCUGCUCUCUCGCAAUGGCCUCCGAGAAGAAGCUUGCGAAUCCCAUGAGGGAUAUUAAGGUACAGAAGCUUGUUCUCAAUAUCUCCGUCGGCGAGAGUGGCGAUCGUCUUACCAGGGCGGCGAAGGUUUUGGAACAGUUGAGUGGGCAGACCCCAGUUUUCUCUAAAGCAAGAUAUACUGUACGUUCCUUUGGAAUCAGGCGUAAUGAGAAGAUUGCAUGCUAUGUUACAGUCAGAGGUGACAAAGCCAUGCAGCUACUUGAAAGUGGACUGAAAGUGAAGGAAUAUGAGUUGUUGAGAAGAAACUUCAGUGAUACUGGCUGCUUUGGUUUUGGUAUACAAGAGCAUAUCGAUCUUGGAAUAAAGUAUGAUCCCUCAACUGGUAUAUAUGGCAUGGAUUUUUAUGUAGUAUUAGAGCGACCUGGUUAUCGCGUGAGCCGCCGCCGCAGGUGCAAGUCGCGUGUUGGCAUUCAUCAGCGAGUCACAAAAGAGGAUGCAAUGAAAUGGUUCCAGGUGAAAUAUGAGGGUGUCAUCCUCAACAAGUCUCAGGCGACCACUUCAUAGAGUUUGAUAUGUCCGAAUCAUGAAAUUUCUUUCCAACAGCUGAACCCAUUUGUUUUUAUCAGAUCCUUUGGAGACAAGAACUUCCAUAUCUUUCAAUUUUGUAUCAGAGAAUAUUGUGCUUUAGCAGUUAAAUUCUUUUGCUUCGGAGAUAA